AUGGAGCAGUGGAUGAUCGAAGAACGAACAGAGGGUACAGUUGGCGAUCUGGAGAACAGGAUGCAUGAAGGAGGGCUCUGCUUAAAUCCAUACAGCUAUGAUGAAGGCUGUCUGAGUAGCAGUGAAGAUCACAUUCCACUGGCUGCACUGCCCUUGCUCGCAAUCUCUUCCCCACAAUAUCAGGAUGCAGUCACAACAGUGAUUAGCAGAGCGAAUCAGAUUUACAGUGAAUUCCUGAAGUCUGUGGAUGGGAUUGGAUUCAAUGGCCAGGUUUGCUUGAUUGGGGACUGUGUUGGAGGUAUCCUGGGAUUUGAUGCCUUGUGUUACAGUGCACAUACGACAUGCGAAAGCCAGAACAGCAGCAGGAGGGGGAGUAUUGGCAGUAUACAGGAUAACACACUUUUAACAGAUGAAGCUGGAUCCGACUUCAGCUCCAGCAAACGACUUAGCAAAAGCAACAUAGACAUCUCAGGGAUUGAUGCUGAAGAACAAAGGAAACCAUUUCCAAGGAAACAAAGUGACUCUUCUACCUACGAUUGUGAUCCCAUUGCACAGAAUCAUGCUUUUCUAACAAGAAGUCACUCCAGUGCAUUAAAUGAUGACCCUGAUUUACAAAGGACAAGUAGCACUAACUUAUUAGAUGGAAAUCCAGGACGAUUUGAUUUUGAUGUCUCUGACUUCUUCCUCUUUGGCUCCCCACUGGCUUUGGUUCUGGCAAUGAGGUGGACAGUACUUCCUUCAGUAGAUGUGUCUCACCUGCGGCCUGCUUGCAGCCAGGUGUACAGCCUCUUCCAUUCAGCUGAUCCCUCUGCCUCUCGGUUAGAACCGCUGCUAGAGAAAAAGUUUCACCUCGUGGCUCCAUUCCCAGUUCCAAGGUACCAACGAUAUCCUUUGGGAGAUGGGAAUUCUGCUCUUCUAGCUGACCUUCUGCAGAGCCAUGCAUCUCUCUUUCUGGAAACUUCUAAUGCCCCCACAUCUCCUAACACCCUAUUGACACAAUUGCAACGAGGGAUACGUAGAGGCAGUCAAACCAGCAUUACCAGCGAGGUGUCAGGAUCUUCCGAGAGCAUCUUUGCAACCAAUAUUGCGAGCAUCACUACAAAAUGGUGGGGGACAAAGAGGAUAGACUAUGCACUGUAUUGCCCUGACACGUUAACAGCUUUUCCAACCGUGGCUCUACCACACUUGUUCCAUGCAAGCUACUGGGAAUCAACUGAUGUGUUGGCAUUUGUUCUACGGCAGGUAAUGAGGUAUGAAAGUGUGAAUAUAAAGGAGAACGACAGCAAGGAUUCAUCCACGUGCAAUGAAUCAAGCCCACGGGAGAAAUGGCUUCGCAGACGAACACACGUGAAGCUUAGGAACGUAACUGCGAACCACCGAGCCAAUGAUGUUAUCAUAGCAGAAGGUAGCCCUCAGACACUGAUGGGAAGAUUCAUGUAUGGUCCUCUGGACAUGGUCACCCUGACUGGAGAAAAGGUUGACAUUCUACUCAUGACACAGCCACCCUCAGGAAGGUGGGCGUAUUUUGACACUGAGAUCACCAGUAACAGUGGCAGAAUCCUGUAUACCAUUCCAGAUGGAAAGAAGCUCAGUGUUGGUGUUUAUCCGGUGAAGAUGGUUGUAAGAGGUGACCAGACUUACGCAGAGAGCUACCUUACAGUAUUGCCUAAGGGGAUGGAAUGUGUUGUCUUCAGCAUUGAUGGUUCUUUUGCUGCUAGUGUCUCUAUCAUGGGCAGUGACCCGAAGGUCAGAGCUGGAGCUGUGGAUGUGGUCAGACACUGGCAGGAGCUGGGCUACCUCAUCAUUUACAUUACUGGACGUCCAGACAUGCAGAAGCAACGGGUGGUUUCCUGGCUGGGUCAGCAUAACUUUCCCCAGGGAAUGAUCUUCUUCUCUGAAGGCCUGGUCCAUGAUCCCCUGCGACAAAAAACAAUCUUUCUACGCAAUCUUGUGCAAGAGUCCCAUAUUAAAAUCUCUGCUGCGUAUGGCUCAAUGAAAGACAUUUCGGUUUACAAUGUCCUAGGAUUGCCAGCGUCUCAAAUCUACAUUGUUGGACGCCCAUCAAAAAAAUAUCAGAACCAAUGUCAGUUUCUGUCUGAAGGUUAUGCUGCUCACCUGGCCCAGCUGGAGUUCAGUCACCGCUCCCGCCCGAAGAAGAGCAACUCGCGAAUGAUUUUACGGAAGGGGAGCUUCGGCCUGUCUGCUCAACCCGACUUCCUUCGGAAAAGAAACCACUUGCGCAGGACUAUGUCAGUGCAGCAGCCGGACCCACCGUCCUGCAACCCUAAGCCGGAGCGAGCCCAGAGCCAACCAGAAUCGUAUAAGGAGGAGAGACACCCCCACAGCAUAGCCUGGGCCCGGAGCGGAGGCUCCAAAUCAGAGCCAGGCGUUUGA